AGGCGUUGCAGAGAUGCGGAUUUGCGCUAUUCCGAAGUGGUAUGUUGGGCUCACACUUCAAUAUAUUAGAGUUCGGCGGAAGUGACAAACUCUCGGCACCUGAAGGUUACAAUACAAUGGAUUAUGUCGAAUGGAUCAAGAACUUACCGGAAAAGGAACCUAUGGAUUGGUUGGGUUUGCCCGAGGACGCAGAAACGACGCAGAGAGAGAUUAUAGAAAGGAAGAGUACAGAAGCCUUUCAAAGAAUUUUGGAAGCCAUUUAGUUUUGAUUAUGUAAUACAUAUUGUAUUUUUUCUGAAUCAUGAACAUGUAAAUCACUUCACCUAGCUUAAUGCUGGCCUUUGCUUAGUGCACUAGACGCUUGAGUUUAAAGACUAGAUACAGUGGGGACAUCAGCGUACAAAAGUGGAAGUAACACCAUUAUGGGAUUAUUUUGGGGGUCUUCAAAAGGAAGCAGCUAUUCAGAUCAGCGUCAAGCACCAGCAGCCUCUACGACUGGUGGUGGUGAUAAUAGCGAUAAUAUAAUUUCAGAAGAUCUAGCUCAAUAUCUAGAAACGAGAGAAUCGCAGUUGAGCAAUCGUGAAUUCAAGGCCUUGUUACGAAGACAAUCUGCCAAUGCGGAAGCUUCCAAGCAGGCUGUUGAAAGUAGCAAUGGGGUCACGGGAGAAGAAAAUGAUUUCUUGAGUAUGAUACAGGCGAAGGGUCCGCAGGCUGGAACAGAGUUGUCCGCAGGAGAAACAGCGGCACAAGCACAGGUGGAAAUACCGAAACUUCCUACAGUUAUCUCAACUGCAAACAGCAUGAAGAAGCCAAAAGAGUACCAAAACUUUGAGUUUGAUAAAUAUCGUCGUGAGAACGACGAAAAGGAAGUUGUGCUAACAAAUUGCUCGGAAAUCCAGCAUGCAUUCUAUGACUGCUUAGGGAGACAGAAAAUCUGGGAACGUGUUACUGCGGUUGCAAGACUUGACAGUGAUGAAUGCACAAAGCUGGCCGACUUUUUCAUGGCCUGCACAGAGAUACAAAAGAAAGCUUUCCUCACAUUUGACUACGCAACGCUUGAAACUGUUGACGAGAUGAAGGUUGCGUCCCGGAAGGUGGACAAGGUGUUCAGCAACGCUUUCCACAGUGUGGACGAAAUCAGAGAUAAGGAGAAAUACAUGAACUACACGAAAGAGCUUAGGAGAGAGCGUGAGGAUUUUUACGCCAAGUUCAACAAAUAAUUGGAUAUAGUAGCUCUUUUCCAUGCACAUGUAAAUAGAUUAGUGUGUCGGGGAAAAAAUGAAAAAUACCAUCAAGUCCUUAAAAUAUUUAGUUAAGUAUUAAAGUGAUUAUUUAUUUAUUAAAUAGAAUUUUAUUAGGGAAUAAUACAACGUAAUUAUUACUAUUAUUCGAAUGAAAAAAGGCUUCAAAAGUCAAAGUUAAAAAAUUAAAAUGUGAAAAGAGUUGUUAAAAAUUAAAGAUUAGUGU